CUGACCGUGAUCGAAUAAAAAUUGAUCGACGCUGACUGAUACAGAUUACGAUAAGAACAGGUUUCACCUUUAAGUUAAACGAAGUACAAAGUAAAGUCGUAAUUGCAAGAUAAUUCGUCGACGGUUUGAUAUAUUUAGUGUUAAUACAUCCAUCCAAUUGACUAGACGGAACACAAAUUCCCGUUUGAGUGCAGCAAUUACGCGAUCUUAACAUCGGUUUCUUUGUGUGAUGAACACAAGCACGUUCACAGUGUAACGUUAAUUAGUGGACUUGAGUUGUGUGUCGCGAUGUAAAAUAGUUGACGAUUCCAGAUAGAAUAUGAAUAUGCCGCCAGAAAACAACGACGUUUUUGUGAUUAGUAGUGUAGGAUUAAAUGCCGAAUUGGACAAAAUAGACAAUGAUGUCAAAAAGACUUCGUUUGAGGAUGCGCUGAAGUUAAUUGGUUUCGGGAAAGUCCAAAUAAUUGUGCUUCUAGUAUGCGGUCUAAUAUUAAUGGCCGUAAUCAAUGAAACAAUGGGCAUGGCUUUAAUAAUUCCGGCUGCUCAAUGUGAUUUGGAAUUGUCGUCGAGCCGUAAAGGUGUAAUAAGUGCUGUGAGUUUUAUCGGAAUUUUGAUUUCUUCACCAAUCUGGGGUUACUUAGCCGAUAUUAAGGGGCGACGGAAGGUUAUUAUCUACACAUUACUGGUUUCGAUUAUAUGUACAGCCGUGUCCAGUUUUUCUACCAAUUUCUGGAUGUUUGCCGUUACUAGAUUUCUAUGUGGGAUCUUCGUAGCUGGAUCAUCUUCAACGAUUUAUGCAUACCUGGGAGAGUUCAAUACACUAAAAAAUCGUGCUGCUGUUAUAGCAUGGGCGAGUAUCUUCGUAGCACUUGCAAACAUUUAUAUACCCGUAUGUGGAUGGAUUGUUUUACCACAGUCUUGGUCAAUACCAAUCAGCGAUGAAUUUUUCUACAGACCUUGGAGAUUAUUACUCAUAAUUAAUGCAUUGCCUGGUUUUAUUGGCGCUGUUUGGCUUUAUUAUUUACCAGAAAGCGGUAAAUAUUUGUUAUCACAGGGAAAUGAGACCGAAGCUCUGCAAAUUCUCAAAUGGAUGUACGACACGAACAAUGCACGUUCGGAUAAAGAAUUUUCGAUUCAACAUUUACAGCCCGAAUUCGAUAAAGUUCACUAUGAAAGGGUACACUCGACUGACGGUAGAUUUUCAUUGAUUGUUUCGUUCUGGAAGCAGACAGCCCCAUUGCUGAAAAAACCGCUUAGAUUCCACUUUAUCAUCUGUUGUUUCCUUAUGUUUGGGGUGUUUUUUGUAUCGGCUGGUAUGGGACUAUGGUUUCCCCACAUACAGAAUCAAAUAUCAUUUAAAAAUGAAACUGUUGAUCAGACGGUAUGCGAAAUAAUGGACGACAGUUUCCGUUUUACGACAUUCGAUUUAACAACAACCAUGGGUUGCGAUGAUACCGUCAACACAAAGGCAUUUGUCGACAGCAUAACAUUAGGUGCAUUUUAUAUAGUCGGAUAUGUGAUCUAUGCCCUUUUUAUAAAAUCACUGGGAAGAGGAGUCAUUCUUGUAACUGGAUUGCUCGGGUCGGGAAUCGCUGGCCUAGCAUUGCAAUGGAUUACACAACCUUUAAGCAUCGUUAUAUUUUUCUGUACUCACAUAAUGCUCUCGGGUAUUUGUGUGUCCGUCACCAAUGGAGCAGUUGUUGAUCUUAUACCAACACAUUUGAGAGGAAUGGCCGUGUGUAUAGUACUAAUGUUUGGAAGACUGGGAAGCAUUGUCGGCAGUAAUAUAUUAGGUGCUAUAUUAGAAUUAAAUUGCAGUGCAGCAUUCUAUCUAGAUUCUAUUUUUAUAAUUGGAUGUGCUUUGGUCGCACUUUUACUGCCCUGUAAAUAAUGGAGGUGGUGAAAUUCUAUAAAUCUAAAUUUCAAAAUAUUUUCACAAUCGUUAGCUUUUUGCCGAACCAGAAUCUAUACAAAAAUUUGUACCAGCCGCAGAGCGUUUACGGAUUUUUAUAAAAUGAUCUCAAGACAUUGCUUUAAUUUGAAGAAUGUGACUGUAUUCAGUUUAAUAAAUAAAUUUUGAGAUUAUCUUAA